AUGAGAGACAUACUGCAUGAAUGCAUCCUCCCACAGGAUGGCUGGACACCAUUGCACUGGGCCUGCAUUUGGGGUCAUGACAAGGUGGUGGAGAUGUUGUUGAAGCACGGUGCUGAUACCAAAGUCAAGAACGACGAUGACGAAACACCGCUGCACGAGGCCUGCAUUAGGGCUAGUGUCAAGGUGGUGGAGGUGCUGUUGAAGUACGGUGCUGAUACCAAAGCCAAGAACGACGUCAGUACAGUGUCUCCCUCUUCUCCCCUUCUGGCUGCUGCUCCUGCUCCCCGCUGCUCGUCGCCUUUGCCCCAUCUCUAUCUCUCUCUCUCUCUCUCUCUCUCUCUCUCUCUCUCUCUCUCUCUCUCUCUCUCUCUCUCUCUCUCUCUCUCUCUCUCUCUCUCUCUCUCUCUCUCUCUCUCUCUCUCUCUCUCUCUCUCUCUCCGCACGUUAUCGGUGCACCAUGUCCCCCCUGCUUUGUUCUGCUGUAUUUUCCGCCCGCUCCCCUUUUCUUGA